ACAUACCCAGCCCAGAGGAAACCCUCCUCUUGGGGCCCCAUCUGCUCCUAGUGCUGGGAAGGGAUGCAGCGUUUGCAGGGCUGGAUUUGGGUGUAGGACCUGCAAGGACUCGCCUUCAUGGAAGGGACCAGGUGGAAAGCGUGUGGCUGUGUUCCUCUCCUGUAAAACUUCCAUCCCGCGUCUGCUCCGCUUUGCUUUCCAGCCGGGCAACCGUGCCAGAAAGCUCGCUGGAAACGCACCUGAUUUUCCAUGGCUUCCCUCCGCCACCGGGAUGCGAUGCCUGGGAUGCAAGGACAAAAUCUGCCAGGGAAUUGGUGUUUUGAAGGCUCGUACGGCUUUUAAUCCUCCUUCCCUUGGGAAUACAAACAUUUCUAAUCAUGUCACCAACCAUGUGGAAAUGGACUUGCCUGGUUUCUCACCUCCUGCUAUCCACCACAGUGUCACCUCUUGGUAGGCAGCAACCACUCCAUCCAAAGAGGCCCUUCAUCACUUUUACUGGAGACCAAGCAGAGGGAAACUUCAACCAUUUGGUAGUUGACGAAAGAACUGGGCACAUUUACUUGGGAGCUGUCAACAGGAUCUACAAACUCUCCAGUGACCUGAAGGUCUUGGUGACCCACCAGACUGGUCCUGAUGAAGAUAAUCCCAAGUGUUAUCCCCCCAGGAUAGUCCAAACUUGCAACGAACCCUUGACACCCACUAACAACAUCAACAAAAUGCUCCUCAUAGACUACAAGGAGAAUCGAUUGAUAGCCUGUGGGAGUCUUUACCAGGGCAUCUGCAAGCUUUUGAGGCUGGAUGACCUCUUCAAGCUGGGAGAGCCCUUCCACAAGAAGGAGCAUUACCUCUCUGGGGUGAAUGAGAGUGGCUCUGUUUUUGGAGUCAUUGUUUCUUACAGCAACAUGGAUGACAAGUUGUUCAUCGCCACUGCCGUGGAUGGCAAACCUGAGUAUUUCCCCACUAUUUCCAGCAGGAAGCUCACCAAGAACUCCGAGGCAGAUGGGAUGUUUGCGUAUGUCUUUCAUGAUGAGUUUGUGGCCUCUAUGAUCAAGAUCCCCUCAGACACCUUUACCAUCAUCCCUGACUUUGAUAUCUACUACAUUUAUGGCUUCAGCAGUGGGAACUUUGUCUAUUUCCUGACUCUACAGCCUGAGAUGAUCUCACCACCAGGGUCCACCACGAAGGAGCAGGUUUAUACCUCCAAGCUGGUCCGGCUUUGUAAGGAGGACACAGCCUUUAACUCCUACGUUGAGGUGCCCAUUGGCUGUGAGAAGAAUGGGGUGGAGUACCGGUUGCUCCAGGCAGCUUACUUGUCUAAGGCUGGAGCUAUCUUAGCAAGGUCAUUGGGUGUUGGCCCUGAGGAUGAUAUCCUCUUCACAGUCUUCUCCAAGGGGCAGAAAAGGAAGAUGAAGUCCUUGGAUGAGUCUGCUCUUUGCAUCUUUGUCCUGAAAAAGAUCAACGACCGCAUCAAGGACAGACUGCAGUCCUGCUACAGGGGAGAGGGGACGUUAGAUCUGGCCUGGCUCAAAGUCAAGGACAUUCCCUGUAGCAGUGCGCUGUUAACAAUUGAUGACAAUUUCUGUGGCCUGGAUAUGAAUGCCCCCUUGGGAGUAUCAUCCAUGGUGCGAGGGCUCCCUAUUUUCACGGAGGAUGGAGACAGAAUGACAUCUGUGAUUGCUUACGUCUACAAGAACCACUCCCUGGCGUUUGUGGGCACCAAGAGUGGGAAGCUCAAGAAGAUCCGUGUGGAUGGCACCACCAAGAACACACUGGAGUAUGAGAUUGUGCAGGUGGUGGAUACUGGCCCCAUAUUGCGGGAUAUGGCCUUCUCAGUGGAUCAUGAACACCUCUACAUCAUGUCUGAGAAGCAGCUCACCCGGGUGCCUGUGGAGUCGUGCAGCCAGUACGAGACCUGCAGUGAGUGCUUGGGCUCAGGUGACCCUCACUGUGGAUGGUGUGUUCUUCAUAACACGUGCACAAGGAAGGAGCGGUGUGAGCGCUCCAGCGAGCCUCGGAGAUUCGCCUCGGAGAUGAAGCAGUGUGUCCGGCUCACCGUGCAUCCCAACAACAUCUCUGUCUCCCAGUACAACGUAUUGCUGGUCUUGGAGACCUACAAUGUGCCCGAGCUGUCAGCAGGAGUCAAUUGCACCUUCGAGGACCUUUCAGAGAUGGAUGGCUUGGUGGUGGGCAGUCAGAUCCAGUGCAUCUCACCAGCUGCCAAAGAAGUGCCCCAGAUCGUCACAGAGAAUGGAGACCACCACAUUGUCCAGCUUCAGCUCAAGUCCAAGGAAACGGGUAUGACCUUUGCCAGCACCAGCUUCGUCUUCUACAACUGCAGCGUCCACAACUCGUGUCUGUCAUGUGUGGAGAGCCCUUACCGGUGUCACUGGUGCAAGUACCGCCACGUCUGCACUCAUGACCCCAGCUCCUGCUCCUUCCAGGAGGGACGAGUGAAGCUGCCUGAGGACUGUCCUCAGCUGCUGCAGGCAGAGAAGAUCCUGGUGCCAGUGGAAGUGAUCAAGCCGAUCACAUUGAAGGCCAAGAACCUGCCUCAACCACAGUCAGGCCAGAGGGGCUACGAGUGCAUCUUGAACAUCCAGGGAAAUGAGCAGAGAGUGCCCGCCUUGAGGUUCAACAGCUCCAGCGUGCAGUGCCAGAACACCUCGUAUUCCUAUGAAGGAAUGGAGAUUAACAGCCUGCCAGUGGAACUGACGGUCGUGUGGAAUGGGAAUUUCAACAUUGACAACCCAGCACAGAACAAAGUUCACCUGUACAAGUGCGGGGCCAUGCGGGACAGUUGCGGACUCUGCCUGAAAGCCGACCCUGACUUCGAGUGCGGUUGGUGCGAGGGGCAGAACCAGUGCACCCUGAAGCAGCACUGCCCAGCCCAGGACAGCCAGUGGCUGGAGCUGUCCAGCACCAAGGGCAAAUGCACCAACCCCAAGAUCACGGAUAUCAACCCAGUGACAGGGCCUCGUGAAGGUGGGACCAAAGUGACCAUCCGUGGGGAGAACCUGGGGCUGGAGUUCAGAGAUAUUGCAUCUCAUGUUAAAGUGGCCGGAGUGGAGUGCAAACCGCUGGUGGAAGGGUACAUCCCAGCAGAGCAGAUAGUGUGUGAGAUGGGGGAGGCCAAGCCCAGCCAGCAUGCCGGAUUUGUGGAAAUCUGCGUGGCCGAGUGCAAACCAGAGUUCAUGGCCAGGUCUUCACAACUCUACUACUUUAUGACUCUUACCCUCUCUGAUCUCAAGCCGAAGCGGGGACCAGUAUCGGGUGGCACCCAAGUGACAAUUACAGGCAACAACCUCAAUGCAGGCAGCAAUGUCAUCGUGACCUUUGGGCGACAACCCUGCCUCUUCUACAGGAGAUCCACCAAACACAUUGUCUGUAACACCACUGCCUCAGAUGAAGGCUUUGAGAAGGUGAAGGUGUCUGUGAGAGUGGACAAGGCCAAAAUACAUCAGGAGUUGCAGUAUGAAUAUGUAGAGGAUCCGACUAUCCUGCGGAUCGAGCCUGAGUGGAGCAUCUUCAGUGGCAACACGCCCAUUGCAGUGUGGGGAACUCAUCUAGACCUUAUUCAAAACCCUCAGAUCCGGGCCAAGCACGGUGGAAAGGAACAUGUCAACAACUGUGAGGUGCAGAACAGCACAGAGAUGACCUGCCAGGCUCCAGCCCUGGCUGUUGACCCUAAUCACCAGUCUGAGCUUGCAGAGCGUCCAGAGGAGUUUGGCUUCAUUCUUGACAACGUGCAGUCCCUGCUGAUUCUCAACAAAACCAACUUCACCUACUACCCUAACCCUAUCUUUGAGGUUUUCAAUCCCUCGGGGAUCCUAGAACUGAAGCCAGGAAGUCCCAUCAUACUGAAGGGCAAGAACCUGAUCCCACCAGUGGCAGGAGGGAAUGCCAAGCUGAACUACACAGUUUUGGUUGGUGAGAAGCCCUGUGCAGUGACUGUAUCAGAUGUGCAGCUACUGUGUGAAUCUCCAAACCUCAUAGGAAGGCACAAAGUGAUGGCUCGUGUAGGGGGGAUGGAGUUCUCCCCAGGGAUGGUCUACAUCUCCCCAGACAGCCCUCUCAGCUUGCCAGCUAUUGUCAGCAUUGCGGUGGCCGGUGGCCUGCUCAUCAUCUUCAUUGUGGCUGUGCUGAUCGCGUACAAGCGCAAAUCCAGAGAAAGCGACCUCACCCUCAAGCGCCUGCAGAUGCAGAUGGACAACCUGGAGUCCAGGGUGGCACUGGAGUGCAAAGAAGCCUUUGCAGAGCUACAGACAGAUAUUCACGAGCUCACAAGCGAUCUGGAUGGAGCUGGAAUCCCUUUCCUCGAUUAUCGAACAUACACCAUGAGGGUGCUUUUCCCUGGCAUUGAAGAUCAUCCAGUCCUGAGGGAUCUGGAGGUCCCUGGCUAUAGGCAGGAACGGGUGGAGAAAGGCCUGAAGCUCUUUGCCCAGCUCAUCAAUAACAAGGUUUUCCUGCUGUCCUUCAUCCGCACGCUGGAAUCCCAGCGCAGCUUCUCCAUGCGGGACCGUGGUAACGUGGCCUCGCUGAUCAUGACAGUACUGCAGAGCAAGCUGGAGUAUGCUACUGAUGUCCUCAAACAGCUCCUGGCUGACCUCAUAGACAAGAAUCUGGAGAGCAAGAACCACCCCAAGCUGCUGCUCCGGAGGACAGAGUCUGUGGCUGAGAAAAUGCUCACCAACUGGUUCACCUUCCUUCUGUACAAGUUCCUCAAGGAAUGCGCUGGCGAACCUCUGUUCUCCCUUUUCUGUGCCAUCAAACAGCAGAUGGAAAAGGGCCCCAUUGACUCCAUCACUGGGGAAGCCCGGUACUCGCUGAGUGAAGACAAGCUGAUCCGACAACAGAUUGAUUACAAGACACUGGUCCUGAGCUGCGUGAACCCUGACAAUGUGAACAGCCCCGAGAUCCCGGUGAAGAUCCUGAACUGUGACACCAUCACACAGGUCAAGGAGAAAAUCCUCGAUGCUAUCUUCAAGAACGUGCCCUGCUCCCAUCGGCCCAAAGCUGCUGACAUGGACUUGGAGUGGCGGCAAGCAAGCGGGGCAAGGAUGAUCCUUCAGGAUGAAGACAUCACAACCAAGAUAGAGAAUGACUGGAAGAGACUCAACACGCUGGCACACUACCAGGUGCCAGAUGGAUCUGUGGUAGCUUUGGUCUCCAAGCAAGUCACUGCCUACAAUGCAGUCAACAACUCCACAGUCUCCCGGACGUCAGCCAGCAAGUAUGAAAACAUGAUCCGGUACACAGGCAGCCCGGACAGCCUCCGUUCCCGCACACCCAUGAUCACCCCUGACCUUGAGAGUGGAGUCAAGAUGUGGCACUUGGUGAAGAACCAUGAACAUGGUGACCAAAAAGAGGGUGACCGGGGCAGCAAGAUGGUUUCUGAGAUCUACCUGACGAGGCUACUUGCCACCAAGGGCACCCUCCAGAAGUUUGUAGAUGACCUCUUUGAGACCAUCUUCAGCACCGCUCAUCGUGGCAGCGCUCUCCCCCUGGCUAUCAAAUACAUGUUCGACUUCCUGGAUGAGCAGGCUGACAAGCACAACAUCCAUGACCCUCACGUGCGGCACACCUGGAAGAGCAAUUGCCUGCCAUUACGGUUCUGGGUGAACAUGAUCAAGAACCCACAGUUCGUCUUUGACAUCCACAAGAACAGCAUCACAGAUGCUUGCCUCUCUGUAGUGGCUCAGACUUUCAUGGACUCCUGUUCAACCUCAGAGCAUCGGCUGGGCAAAGACUCACCCUCCAACAAACUGCUCUACGCCAAGGACAUCCCCAGCUACAAGAACUGGGUGGAAAGGUACUAUUCAGACAUCGCCAAAAUGCCAGCAAUCAGUGACCAGGACAUGAAUGCUUACCUGGCUGAGCAGUCUCGCAUGCAUAUGAAUGAGUUCAACACCAUGAGUGCACUCUCAGAGAUAUACUCCUAUGUUGGGAAGUACAGUGAGGAGAUUCUUGGAGCCCUUGAUCAAGACGACCAGGCUGGGAAACAGAAACUUGCCUACAAACUUGAACAAGUCAUAACCCUCAUGAGCAUAGACAGCUGAGAACUGUCCUGCCAGGGACACCCUGGGAGGGAUAAACCAAGUCGUGCCUCACUCAAGAUCAUCAUCUUUACCAAGUGCAAGUUUUGAUCGGCUGUAAGCAGAGUCACCUCAACAGUGCUCCUCUCUCUUUCUCAUUUCUUUCUCUUUCAAUAUCUAUGGACAAAGCAACAGAGCCCCAAGGGUGAAGAGAAAAGACUGCAGAGGAAUCCUGGCUCUGGGGACAUCAAGAUGUUUGGGUGGAGCUCUCCUUUUCACAGCUUCCCCCUCUGCCUUUGCCCUAGAGAAGGAUUAUUACACACAACCCCUCCUACUCAAACCCUCCCUCACCAUCACAUCAUCACUCUGCAGAUGCGAAACUGGGAGGUAACUUCUUUCAUGCUGCUUUAACUGCCCUCCAAGGGUUAUAGCCUCUGGAGCGGACAUGGAAAUGAACUCAGUAUUACUAAAAGCCUCCCCAAAGGGAAGGCAGCCUGCCUGCAGGGAUCCUGGAGGGCAGGAGCAAGUCGAGAUCCUCUCCUGCAGAGCCAUUGUAACUCUAUCUCUUGAGAGUGACCCACUGGGAGAGGAACCCCAAGGCUCCCUGAAAAAUGCCACAGCCCUCGCCAGAGUGGGACCAUUGUGGCUCUUAUCUGCCUGGGCAAACAGCAGUGAAGCUGCUCUUUUGGGGCAGGGUCAAGAGUGGAGGAGGAGACCGAUGGUCCCCUGCCCAUGUGUUUCAUAUGGUUCUUCUUAUUUUUCAAAGAGACCUGCGUUCCCCUCCGUCUUUCCCAUUGUGUCCUGUUGGUCGUAGCACUGCGGCAAAAAUGCUUUCUCUGCUCAGUGGUGGUUCUGUUCCUUCUGGCAAUGGACAGCACAGCAUCUCCCUCGUCCCCACCUUGGAUUGGAAAGCAAGAGCCACAAGUCUCAUUUUGUUCCAGGCAAGGAGCUCGGCCUCAAAAAAACAACUAGAGGGAUUUUGUUUUAAAGCUGUUAGUUCUUUCCAUUCUGUUUCCUCAGCUGGAACAAAGCUAUUGGUUUCUCAUGGUGGAGUAUCAGGAGGAUACUGAAGGGUAUGAAGCAAGGUGGUGCGUAGGACUGAUGGUAAAAACCUUCUUUCAAAGCCACUCCUAAGAGGAAAUGUCAUCAUGUAUUUUGGAAGGAUAUCUUGGAGAAAAUCCAAAUGAAACAUUGCAGAAUAGUCUUCUACCUAGUUACCCCCAGCCAAACUGCAUGUCUUCUGGAGAUCUCUGAACUGCUGUAAGCCCAUCUGCCUUUUGGUGCCAACUCCUGGCCUUUCCUCUUCUCGAUUUCUGGAAUCAACAGGCCUUGCUGAAGGCACAGUUGCUGCCUGGGAAGGAUUUGCUCUCUCUUUGCACUUUCUAUCCCUUCAGAGAUCACUGUCACCACAGGACAACUGCCCUAUCCUCUGCUCAGCUCCUUCAGAACAACAUCUCUACCUGUUUCAUGGCCAACCAAAGUGGUGUGAGCUCCUGUGUCUCUUCUGUGUUUGACUGCUUUGUUUAUACAGCUGCUAGCCUGGAUAACACCACGGUUCAGCUUACGGGGAGACCCUCAAGGUCUGGAGAACUUUGCGUCUUGUACACCAUGGAGGCAAGAGCUGGGUCUGCAUUUAUCUCACGAGAAAUGGACAGAGCUCACUAGCAGAUGCAGGAGUGGCUUGAUGCCGCGGAGAAUCAGCCCACAUCCAUCUCACACCAUCCACAGAGCUACAGCCUGGAUCUACUUUGCACCUGGAGGGAGGAAGGGGUAAAGACAGGGUGUGUAAAUUGAUUACAGAUCGAGUGCUUCAGGUUUUAUUCAUGCCUCUUACUAGCAAACCAGAACCUCUUCAAGAGUGACAGAUGGAUGCAUCUAAUAGGGGAUGUGGUGCAAACAGGAGUCAGCCAGCAAGCGGGUUUCAUUCAGCCAAGCAGAUACAGACGUAGGCAAGUCUUUCUAAAACCAGUUAAAUAACAGCAGUCCCAAUCUGGAUGUGUCUGUGGGGAGAAUAUCACAAGGUUCAUAUUGAAACAGCAAACAUAGGGACACGUCUUGGUUUUAAAACCCCAGACAUUUCUCUCUUGAUUCUAAUUAUUUUGUGUGUGCGUGCGCGUGUGUGUAUCUGUGUGCGCGUGUGCGUUCUUUCCUCUUUAGUUUUGCUUGCUUUCUGUUUGAGUGCUGAGCUGAUGGACUCAUCAUGCACCUUAUGGACAUCUCAGCAUUUUUAAGAGGCCUGGGCACUGGGGAUGGUUUUGGGGGGUUUGGUUGGUUCUGCCAUGGUUUUGUUGAUGCGUUUAAGUAACGUCGGAGCAUGUUCCAGAUCCACUGAUGAUGGCUGUGAAAGUGGGGUGAAAAGUCCCACCAGAGCCAGCGGUAAGAAAAUGACACCACCACCACAAACACAAUAUUUUUAUAAGUACAUAAAACAAGGAAAAAUAAAAAAAAUAUAUAAAAAAAAAUGAAGAAACCAAAGGUUUUGACAAACAAAGUGCCACAAAAGAUAAAUAUGGACCCUAUUGUCAUGCCUUGUACUCACAGCUGGAUGGUAGGAGUCUAAGGAUGAAUAGCUGGCUUGGAGGGAAGGGGUUAUGAGUGAUGGGCUGUACUGCCUGGACAUGCGCACAUGAAAGGAUGACGAAGCUGUUUUAAACAAAAGAAAGUAUCAAAGUGAACUGGUGUAAUCCUGUUGCUGGAGUCAGAGGAACACCACAGGGGAAAUUUGAGACUCACCCUGUUUUUUUUUGAUGUUUUCAGGUCUGUGUUUUUUGGUUUAUGAUGGUUGUUUUCCAUUGUGAUUAUUUUAUUUCUUCUUGCUGGUACGGAGUUUUUCAUCUGUAAUAUAUUUUUUUUGUGUUUUUUCAAGGAAAACUUGAACACCUCAGAGACACCGAGAAUGAAACACUUAAGGGAAAUGGGAAGCUCCAUGAGAUUGGUGUCUUAACCCUUCCCAAGUUCCCAGUUAGGCAUUUCCAUUUUCUCUCCAUCCUCUUCUUUCCCCCAUCCCCAGGAUUUGAAAGAAAAUCUCUAUUUUGCUUCUCUUUCAUCUCCUCCUUAGUUUUCUUUUUGUUUUACUUUAUUUGGUGUAUGAGCUGGUUUUGGGUUUUGUGUGGAAAAUGUGCCAGAAUAGUGACGUAAAUGCGUGGGCUUCCUCCCCUGUACCCUUCAGUGCCCUCCCCAUUUACAACCACUGUCCCAGCAUCCCCCAGUCUAUGAGAGGUCUUGGCAUCUUUCUUCCCAGCCUCAACUGUUCAGCUAACUAUUUUUUAAGUGCAUGUAGAAUACAACUAAAAACAAAGACACAAGCAGAAGAAUGAGCCCUACUACAACAUGGAUGCAUUCUUUUCUUCCUCCUUUGAUUUGUUUCCUCCCACCUCCCUUCCCACACUUGAUAAAAAAUGCCCAAUAGGUGGUAUUCCAUGCUGUUUUCUAAGCCUCAUGGAGAGGACUGGAGCCAAAGUCCCUAGCAGUCAACAGAAAGGCUCCUAAUAUCCAAAAUAUGCCAGAUGAUAGGUUGAUGUUUAUGGGUAUUUCUCAAACACUGCAAUCAAGACAGUGAAUCAUAGAAUGGUUUGGGUUGGAAGGGACCUUAAAGAUCAUCCAGUUCCAAUCUCCCUGCCACGGACAGGGACACUUUCCACUAGAGCACGUUGCUUAAAGCCCCAUCUAACCUGGCCUUGAACACUGCCAGGGACAGGCCAGCUACAGCUUCUCUGGGCAACUUCUCUUCCCACUCUUCAUUCUCUCCAGAACAAAUCUGAAGGUUCGGUCCAAUCCAGCAUACACUAGCCUUGGUCCAUUAGGUAAGAGGGCUAUGCCAGUUCUCCCAUCUAUAGUUCUACCACUGCAUUUGUCUUAUCAUACCUCUUUGACACUGGAGACCAGUUACAUUAUGGCAUGAAGAAGAUUUACAAGCAGAAGUUUGGCUGGUAUUUGCUUUAACUGAAAAGUGAUUAUUAAAGUUUCCAGAUCUGUGCAUUAGCCUGCAGGAAGGUGUUUGCCAUGAAGGGAAAGAGACCAAGUAAACCACAGAAUUGUCAUCAUUAUUUUUAAUAAUGUUUUUGAAAACUGAUAAAUAGAGUUUUAAGAGUCCAGAGACCGGUCUCACUGUUGAGUCAACCAACACAAAGACUACGCAUCCCUUCAACAUUUCGUGAAGUCUGGGGUUCCUAUGAUGUAACAACCCAAGCACAUCACAGCUAAGAUCAAGAGGAUAAAAUAAGCCAAAACACAAAAUGUAAAGCUGUCCUUCCCCAGUGAUUUAGUGAAGUGUUCUGGAAAGAGACACUAUUAUGUGGAAGACUCUUACAAAGGAAGAUUGGAAACCCACAAAGACUGAGUUCCAGGGCUCCUUUUAGUAGACCAUACAUUUGUGUCUCCACAAAGGAUGCUUAAGUCCAAGGACCAUCACACAACAAAAGAAAAGCCUGGGCUGCUGGAGAUGACCAGGACUAUCUCUCACAUCAGUAAAACAAGUCAUGCUUCACCCUUCUCAGCAGCCUGCAGAAUAAUAACUCAUGAAGCAGAUUCAUCUGACAAUGUGGAGGUAUUGCUUGGUGCUGUUAAAGGAACAAGAGAGAGGAAGAAAACUGGUCAUACUUCCCAGACUCCCGAGGUAGGCUCUAGUGUUAAAGAGGUCUGCUCCUCCAUAGAAAUCCCUUGCUUUCUGUGGUGGCCGUUGCUGAUAUGAGAAGAUGUUGAGACCAGACAAGCACUUUGCUUGAACCCCAUGAGUCCUACCAAGGUGGUUUAAGUCCCUUUCUUCUCCUUGGUUCAGCAUUUAGCUACAGAACCCAGGCAGAGGGCACUGUAUAGAAAUGUGCAUUGUGGUUCCACCAUGUCUGUGUUGGUUUGGGGUAGCUCCAGGAACCCACUUUGAAGAUCCCCCAUCCUUGAAUGAGGAAAUCAGUAUAAAAAUCCAUGAAUCAGUGUUGUUUAAACAUCUCUAAGCCUCUAAUAACCCUCUUCUCUGAGAUGACCAGGGGAUAUGAGGAAUGGACCUCUUUCUCCAAACUAGGGAGCUAUGAUAAUUUACACAAUCACAGUAGAUUGUGUUUCUAUGGUGGCAGAUGCCUCACCAUGACAGUCAUUGGAUAGAAAAGUAUUGGCAUAGCCUCAGUGAUCAUAGAAUCAUAGAAUACUUAGGGUUGGAAAGGACCUUAAGAUCAUCUAAUUCCAACCCUGUGCCAUGGGCAGGGAAAUCACACGCUAGACCAUGACAAGACAAUUUGCUCUGUGCAUCUGAUGAGUAGUAAAAGACUUGUCCUCCAGGGCAGGUGGAAGUCUUGGGAUGUCCUAGCUCUUGUCAUCCAAACAUGGUAUGCUGUGGAGCAGGCAACUGGUGAAGCAAGUGAACCUCAAAAUCAUGGUGUGAACCUCAGUCCCCUGGCCAUUCACAACCUGAGUUUCCUACUUUGCACCCAAUGUUGUUCCCAUUUCAAAGUAUAUCAUUUGGUCCAUGGAGUGCUGAAGUUUUCCCUCACCUCUUCCACUGUGCAGUGUCCCUUUCUCCCCAAAAGUUGAGUUGUCUUACAGAGCAUAACUACUUUGUGCAGAAUGCUUCAAAAACAGAGCUUGUCAACCACCUUUUCUUUGGGAUGGCUCAGCUCACUACACUAUUAGAGAAGCACCCAAGGGGACACAGGCUUACAGCGAGGAAUUAAUCUCUAGAAAGAUGUCAAAAAAGAAAAGAUAUUUACACUUGGAAUAAAUAAAACCACCAAAAAACCCCCAGCAAGGAUAUAAAGCUGCUUAAGUCUAAUCAACCUGUCACGUGUGUGAUUUCUGUUGUCGUCGUCGUUGUCCAUUGGCGCUCUUUCGUUUUGUGUCAAUCUUCUGUUCUAAUAAUGGAGAGUUUUACCUCAAGAAAUUCUUUCUGCUUGGAAACAGAUCACCUCAAAGAUGCUGGCAGCAGAGAGCAGGGUGCAGGGAAGCUCAGUAAAGUGAGCCUGGGUGUGGGAAACAAAGGGGAAACCAGGACAUUUAGGCUCUUUCAGCAUUCCCUUCUCUUGUUGGUGUUCUCUGGCAUGUCUCCUUGACUCUGAAGGCAGCAUUUCUCAGUAGGAGAGGUUGCUGCUUACUUUCAGAUAGACUGAGACACAAGAGCCAGUCGGAGAAAUCAAGGCACAUGUCCAAGCUUGCAAACCUUCCUGAAGUAUCUUAAGAGAAAUUUGGUGUUAUUUAAUCUUUUAAUGCUGCUCUUUCUCCAGUGCCUGGAGAAAACCCACUUUCCAGCCCAGAGUGGGGUAACGAAGCAGAGAUUAGGUGCUAGCUAAAUGCUCCCAGUGUUUUCCCCAAGGAAUCAAGAUGAGAAGCAACUGGAUUAUUUAAGGUCACAAGACAGGCCCUUCCUAGUGUCUGACCCUGUGUCUUGGACAUACACAUGAGCCCAGAAUUCUCAUUCUCUGUUUUGCUAAAGCUUCCACCUUAAAUACAAAAAAAUCAAUAUAAAGACAUAUCCUUUCACUACAGUGUUAACUAACAGCCUCAAAGAGAUGUCAAGACAGCAUUAGAAAGGAGGUUGGGAUCCUUUUUCUUAGGUUGUUGUUGUUGUUGGUUUGAUUUUCUUUUGAAUUGAUCCUAGUUAAAAACCGAAAGAAAUAAAAUCUAUACUAUUUAAAUUGGAAUCCCGUUGUUACUUGGUAAAGGCAAAGCUUCUGUACCUUUGUUAUAAUUAAUUGUAUACCUGUGUAUGUAAAUAUAAGGCAUUCCUAUUUUGCAGUCCAGAACAAAAAAAAAAAAAAAAAA